AUGGGCUAUGAAGCACUAGAAUAUGUAAUAUUGAAAGAGAAGCGAGCAAAAAGUCUUGUGAGAUUUUAUUUAAGUUCAAUGUUGGAACCGAAAAUAAAAGCAUAUUGUAAUGUAGAAGUAAAGGUUGCCAAGUCAUUUGGAACUCUUAAAAACAGGGUCGUCUUAUCGGUUAUUUUCACAAAGAAGCUUCGAUAUUUGAAGGCACUCAAACAACAAGCUUAUGGUAGUUCCUGUUCGGAAGCAAGUGACUGUGUUACUGCAAAGGCCCAAUGUUCGGGAAAUUCUCAUGUAUGUAGAUGUGACUCACAGUUCUAUCAUGAUACAGACAGCGAUACCUGCAAAUUAGAUUUAGGUAGUCCUUGUGCAUUGAACUCGAGCGACUUGAGUUCAGUCAAAGCGCAGUUGAGAAUUGAUGAAGGAUAUAAAACCAGAAUAUAUAUAGACACUGAAGGCCAUUCUACAUUUGGCAUCGGACACCUUAUUACACGCAACGACAGAGAGUACGGAAAAUUUCCUAGAACAUAUGUGAGCUCAGCUAGAAUUGAGAGCGUAUUUGACGCAGAUUUAGCAGCUGCAGUUGUUACAACACACUCUAUCUUCGCAAACUGUUCUUCGUGGCCAAGCGAGGUAAAACAAAUAGUUGUAAACAUGGUCUUCAACCUAGGAAACAGACUACGGGGUUUUACUGAUUUUAUAGCGGCAGUCAACAACAAAGAUUGGGACACAGCAGCUGACGAGAUGGUCGACAGCAUAUGGUACAGACAGACCGGAGACAGGGCUAAAAGGCUGGUGGAGCGAAUGAGAAAUAUCUAGAUUUUAACUCGCUGUCUGUUUAAAUGACCCUUUUGACAGAGUAAAAUUAAAAUGUG